ACUGCGGAUGGCGGCGUUGGGUCUGGUGUGGCGCCUUGGCGCGGGUUUGAUCAGGACACCGGCGGCGGGUUCCGUGUUCUCGGCCGCCAGGACCUUCUGUGUCGUUAGUGGCCUCAAAAACCGUCCUGGUUAUCGGCUGCUGGACAGUGGGCGGCUGGAGCGUACGGGAGGGUCCCGAGCCGCAGCCAGCCGCGUUGGCGCCCAGGUUAACCUUACAUGCAGUCAACAUUCUCGCUGUCUUUGUUCAGAUGGAAACACCGGGGAGGGGCGAUUGAUUUACGCUGGAAACUUGGCCAAGGCAGUAUUUGGUGUGAAGUUCUUCUCUUACUCCACCAGCAUUUUUAGUUGUUGUAUGGUGCCUUAUAUCAUUCUGCAGUCUGGCCUUGGAAUUCAGAGCCCUGCAUUACAAGUUGCUUUCUGUGGCAUCAUUGGAUUUUUUACUUUUUUAAGUCCCAUGGUAUUGCAUCUCCUCACUAAAGGUUAUGUGAUUCGCCUCUAUCACAAUGCGGAAACUGACAAUUACACAGCAGUCACUUACAGCGCCCUCCUCCAACAGAAGAAAACUAUUUUCCAUCAAAAGGAUGUAAAGGUUCCUGGAGUCAGCAAGAUGUUCACCACAUUCUAUGCAAACAAGAAGUCAAUGCUAGUAAAUCCAAUGCUUUUCUGGCAUCCAAAUGAUUAUAAUCACCUUAUGGGUUACGAUCAACCUUUUUCCUUUGAUUUGGAGGAAUUAAAAAAGUAAUAAGGAAAUGAGAUUGGGUGAGGAGGUUGUGUGUACAGUUUGUUUACAUAGUAAAAUUGUUUCUUUAAUCAUUUGGAGUUAGCAAAAGGCUCCAUUUAAUUUUAUAUACACUUAAAUAUGAGGAGCUUACUGUAUAUAUUUUAAAAUAAUGUAGAUGUUAGAAAUCUGAAAUGCAAAUUAGGUAUCAAAAUACACAGUAGGUCCAUUGGACAUGAAGCUCCAUGAAUCUAUAGCAGCAUUGAUGCUAUAGAUUCAUGGAGCUUCAUGAGAAUCAUUGCUGAGAAUUGUUCUAGUAUUUGACCUGCUGAGAUUUCAAUUUUUUCAGUUUUAGUGUUGUUUCUAAUGUGUUCAAACAUUAUUUACAAAUUAUUCUUUUCCUAAAUGUACUGCAGCAAUUGAAGUUGCUCAAUAGGAAGUGCUUGUGUCAUCUGAGAACUGAUUUGUCUCCUCUCCAACUUUAAUAUUCUCCAUAUUAUGCAGUAGGAUAAAUAAUAAAAUGCACUUUGGCCUCUGCAAUUAUUACUGUGAGCUUGAAAGGAAUAGGAGAACUGUAAGAAAGACUAUUGGAUAUCUUUUGAUCUUGUAAGGAUGUGUGUUAGAACUUGAUGAUGGAGAAGCAACUCUCUAUCCCACUGUUCCCAUACCACUUUAGUUGUUUCUUUUUGAUAUUUGGAUGAAUAGGUACUGUACUAAAGUGUAAAGUUCAGAACUGUAGGCUUGUGAUAGAAGUGGCUUCCUAAUUUGCUGAUCCACAAAAUAGUAAGAAAUUGCUGCAUCAAAGGAACCUUCUUUGGUUUGCAUAAACUGUUGAAAUUGCUUAGUACGUAUUUGUAAAAUACCAUGUUCAUUCAAAAUACAAGACCAGAUAGCCUAACUGGUGUUCACCCUAUUCAUAAAUUUGCAACCACAAUGCGUACUGCUUGGGUAAAUGUCCACAAUACAGCAGGCUGUCCAAAUGGUGGACUCUGCACCACUUGCUGAUUGCCAUGGUGAAGAGAAAGUCAUGUGACCAACUUUCAUGCACUGCUUUCUGUGGCACCCUUCUGGUUACAGCUUGCUACAUGUAAAAUACUCUGCUUAUUUUUACUAUAUUUUGUCCUUAACAAUCCUCUGACAAGUUCAGUAUGUUACCACAAUAUCGUGCACUCUAAUAUUGUUUAAUAUUCUCUUGUAUACCUUACCAAAAGCCUGCUGGAAAUCAAAAGAAAACAUGUCGACUCGUUUAUCCUUGUCUGUUCUACUAGUUAGAAACACAAAAAAUCCCAACAGUUCAGUCAAGUAUAGUUUCCCUUCUGUAUCUCCAAAUUGACUCUGUCCAAUCCUAAUAUUAUUUACUAAGUGCCCACUUAUCAUUUCCAUAAUGUGUUUUCCUUAGUGCUGGUGUUAGAUGAGCUAGUUUAUAGUUUUUCUCUCUCCCUUUGUUCUCGAAUAGUGAGGUUACUUCUACAAUUUUCCAGUCUUGGGGAACAGUUCUAGAAUGUAUGGAAUUCUAGAAGAUGACAGCCUUGCAACCACUAUCUUCAUGGCUACCAUCUUUGAAAUGCAAGGAUCCAGAUCGUCAGGGAUUUAUUGGCUUUGGGUCCCAGUAAUUCCUUCAAUACUCUUUUUUUUAAUGAGUAAUUUAUUUGAGCUUCUCAUUUACUUUGCUAUUUCCAGUUGUUUUCUAUGUCUUCUGUGGGGGAAAAGAAACAUGUUUAAUAUUUCUGCCAUUUCUUUAUUCUCCAGUAUAAUUUUUCCUGUCUGCCUGUAAGGGAGCUGCAUUAACUUUUGUUCAUCUUUUCCUUUUUGGGAUAUUUAUAGAAGUUCUUACAAUCUCUUUUCAUGUUUCCCUCCAGCCCACUUAUAUAUUUUAUGUUCCCUUGUCAAUGCCUAGGCCAUCCUUUGCUCAGUUUUGAACUUUCCCCAAUCUCCAGCUUACUUUUUUUUUGGCAACAUUAUAAGUCUUUUCCUUUUAUUGUAAAUUAUCUUUGACCUACCUGGAUAAUCAUAGCUGGACCACUUUUCCUUCUGGUUUUUUAUUCUGCCAUAUUAUUUGUCGACUAUAUACUCUUUAAAAGUUACCCACUGUUUACUGUAGUACCUUUUUAAUUUAGUUUUCAAACUACCAUAGACAAAUUGAGCUACUUGCUCUGCAUAGUUUCCUUUAUACAUACUUAAGAUCCUGGUUUCGGAUUGAAUUCAGUCGCUUUCAUUCUUCUUAUAAAUUCUAUGAUAUCUGAAAAAUUCCUUCGAGGUUCCUUAACCACUUGUUUGAUUGUAGGUUCACAUACUGAUCUAGGAAACCAUCCUUGACAUUCCGUGAAUUCAUCCUCCACACAGUUAGUAAUUUGGUUUGCCCAGUCUCUACAUUAAUGUCUCCCAUGAGUAUUUCAUAAUCCUUAUUACAUGAACCUCUAAGUUCCUGGCAUGUACUAUGCCCAAUGUUAUUACUGUUGGAGGAUUAUUUUCAGCUACCACCAAUGUUUUCAGCUCCUUGCAGCUUUUUUUAGGUCCACUCAAACCAAUAUUGCUGCUUGAUUUUCUGAGCUAAAAUCCUUUAUCCCAUUCUUUAAUAUCAGGGUUGCCCUGCCCACUUUUCAAUUUUCUUUUUCUCUUUUAAAACUUAAAUAUCCUCUUGUUUAAAAAAAAACUGCUGGAGGAACUCAGCAGGUCGAGCAGUUUCUGUGGAGGCAAAGGGAUAGUUGAUGUUUCUGGUUGAGACCCUGUAUUAACCCUGGUGCAGGGUCUCAACCUGAAACAUCAACUAUCUCUUUGCCUCUACAGAUGCUGUUUGACCUGUUGAGUUCCUCCCAGCAGUUUGUUCUUUUUUUUGCUCCAGAUCCCAGCAUCUGCAGUCUCUUGUGUCUCCACUAAAUAUCCUCUUAAUGUUUAUUUCACAGACUUGGUUACUUUGUAAUAUUUAUUUGAUUGAACCCAUUUAUUUCUGGUUGUGUCAAAUUCAAUUACCUUGUGACUGCUGUGCACAUUUGGAUAAAGAGGUAUCAUGUUGGUCUUUGUCUAGUCUUUCCCUGCUCUGGCUCCAAUUGGUUGUAUAUGCUUGUCUGUAUAUUCUAUCUCUUCUUAAGUAAAGUUGCUUUUUAUCCUGAAAAUGAAAAAUAAAAAUAAUGGCAGAUGCUGGAAAUCUGAAAUUAAAGCAGAAAAUGCUGGAAUCACUUAGCUGGUCAGGAAGCAUUUGUGAAAGAAAAAGAAAAAGAGUUAAUGUUUCAGGUUGUAUAUCCUUUGCUAAAAUUGGGAAAGAGAGAACAAGUUGGUUUUAAGUUGUAGAGAUGGUGAGAUCUCACCCAAACAGAGAAAUUCCCUUUGUCUUCAUCCAUCCCCAUCUCUUUGAAACUUGCCCACUGAGUGUUUGCAGCAUUUUCUGUUGUUGUUAUGUUACCCUGAAAUAUCGCUUUGUCUUUUCUCUUUAAUUUGAACAUCUUGAAGUGACAGGGAAGGCAAGCAUUUCAUAGUACAUUCACAUCUCCGCCAGCUGGCUGAGCAAUCUCCUUGGAGGCCCAAAAAAAAUCUCAGUUGAUUAUCAGGAAAACAAACUUGAGAAAUUCGUCUCUAACCCUGUUACUGAUUGUUUAAUAGAAAUUCAUUGUAUUUGAAUGAGCAUGAUAUUUAAUAAAUGUGUGUGGACUUUUUUUUGUUUCCUACUGGCGUUCUGUUGUAACACCUCUCAUUUUGCUCCGGCCUUUUAAAGAAAGCACUUCUCCUAUAAUCAUCCAAUAAUUUUUGGAUCAAGAGCUUUCAGGCUAUUGUUGGUGGAAGGAGGAAGUUAGAUAUUUUGUAUAUUUGAUUGCAAAUUAAAGCAAUCUUUGGUCACAGUUUGUAUGUCUUAAGCUGAGAUUUGAGAUUCUAUUUUGGGACAUAAAGAUAGGAAAUUGGCAUUUUUAAACUGUUCCUACACUAUUCCAAACUCUCUUCAAAAAGUAUAUAUACUUAUAAAAUAUUUAACCAAAUCCAAGAAUCCACUUGACCUAACAUCAGUGAUAAUAUUGCUCACAGUGAUACCUUGUUGAAUGUCAUGUACAAGUUUGUAGCUAAAAUUAUAAAUGUAUAAAGUGAACAUAGAUCAUUAUUUGAAAGAUUUGUUUAAAGGAAUUUGAGACCUGAUUGAAUGAACACAUGCAAUAUUGUGGCCAUUUGUUGUGAAAAUGAGACCCAGUGCUUGGCAUUGUUCUGGUACUAGACCAAGUUGUGUGGCUUUUUUUUUGAUCCUCUUUGUUGAUGGUGACUUUUACACGAUGGGCUCAGCCAAUGGAUUUGGCAUAUGGGGUGUUACUACAGAGAAGAGAAGCAAUUGUGAAAUAUGGAUAUUGAGUCUGUUGUUUAAAUCUGAAAAUGUUUUAAGUGUUUUGCCACUAGGUGGUGAAAACACAUUAAUUAUCAAUUAUUCCUAUGAAGAUACUGAGGAUAUUUAAAUUGUAGAACAUUAUAUUGCAUAGCUAUAUUUAUGUAACUUGGAGGAGCACAUGAUCAAACCUCAGUAUUUGUGAUGGUCAAUUUUUUGACUAUUAAUUGUCACAUCCACUUCAUUUUGAUAACUUGAUGAUUGUGCAUCAAUUCUGUGACAAAUUUCCUCAUUUGUACCAAACAUUGCACUUGGUUCUGAAAGUCAGUGAAAUUGUAAGUGAUGUUUGCACAUUAAAAUAUGAAUCACAGCUUUAGUUAUUGUGUAACUAAAGACAGCAAGUAUUUAUAUAUUUGAAAACCUCACCCUUUGUGCUGUCUUUAAAUAUAUUUACAUGAGCUCAGCAAUUGAAUAAAUAAUCUGAGAUCUUUAUUUUACUUCAAAUGUGUUUUUCAGUAAUUAUCUAGUUUUGAUUGCAUGUAUUUGUGGAGUAAAAAUGUAGUUAUCAGAUGUGGCAGGACAAUGGGAGAAAAUUGGAUUAGAGUGUGUGCCAUCUCUAUUUUAAAGUCUUAUUGUCUCAAAUCUUAUACCUUGAUAUUUGUAGUUAAUUGGGUACCUUGCCAUGUUUGUUCAAUAUUGGGUCAGGCACCAUUAUGAAUUAGAAAAUUAUUGGGAUUUCCUCCAGGGCUAUACUUUGGAUUCUUUAUGAUGAAUUUGGAAAGCUGCCAUAAUUUAGCACUUCUUUUGUAAUUGAUAUACUGCUGGAAAUUGCUUCCUAAUUGGGUUGUGAUGUGCAAUUGGACAUCUGUCAAUGACUCCCCAGUAGUUUGCGACCACACUGUGUGGUUUGCAAACUCCUUGCUCUAGCAUACUUACCCCACAGCAUUCAAGGUUAGUUAGCACAUGAGUGAGGCCUGUUUUC